UUGAUGAUUUUUUAUAGCGGACGAUGUAUCUAAAUAAUUAAAACAUUUAUUAGAAUUGAGCCUUAUUUACAAAACAACCAUCAUGGAAGAACAUUUUAAAAAAUGUGGUGCGAUUAACGUUGUAAACGUAAGUAAGGGAUAUGGAAGUAGGCAUAAUCAAACUGUGCUGAAUCGUCUCAAUCUUUCUGUUGAAUCUGGUUCAAUCUAUGGUCUUUUAGGCUCUAGUGGCUGCGGGAAAACGACUCUACUCUCUUGUAUCAUUGGGUUGCACAAGCCUGACAAUGGGCACAUUUUACUAUUUGGGAAGGAGGUCAAUGGCGUGGCUGGACAAGUCGUGGGAUUCAUGCCACAGGAUGUUGGUCUCUACGACUCCUUCACGAUUGAAGAGACCUUCGUCUAUUUUGCAAAUAUGUAUAAUAUUUCAUAUGCAAUUUUGAACGAACGGUUAGCCGCUCUACAAGACCUUUUAAGUAUUCCAAAAUUGUCAAGUCCCAUCAAAAGUUUAAGUGGUGGCGAAAAGCGCCGUGUGUCAUUGGCGGUGACCUUAAUUCACAGACCUAAACUCUUAGUAUAUGACGAACCAACUGUUUCAUUGGACCCUCUGCUACGAGUGAAGAUUUGGGGUUAUUUAACUAAACUUGUUAAGUCAGACGGAAUUACAAUACUUGUGACAACACAUUACACACAAGAAGCAUUACAUUGUGAUAAAAUAGGAAUAUUGCGAAACGGACGCCUUUUGGUGGAGGAAAAUCCACAAGUACUGUUAGACAAGUUCAAUACAAAUCUUUUGGAAAACGUAGUGCUUGACUUAUGUCGAAAAGAUGAAGUUUCUGAUUCCGACCAAAACAACGGCGCGAUGCUGAUGAAAACAGAAGCGGAUCAUGAACAAGCCCACAAUGAUGCUUUGACCUAUGACCUUGCACGACACAUGGACCUUUGUGAUGUUGAGGUUGUCGGGAUUGGACAAAAUAGUUUGAAAGAUUCAGGGACGGACUCGUUUUCAUCUAAGCUAACAAAAAUAAAAGGACUUGUAAAAAGAAAUUGGAUAAACGAAUUAAGACAUUUUCAACUGGUUGUAAUUUUAAUCGCCAUCCCCUUCAUUAACGUGUUACUAGGAGUGUAUGUAAUUGGUUUGGAACAAAAGGUCUACAAUUGGGGAUAGUGAAUCAGGAUUUGAAAUAUCUCCACGGCAUUCCAGAACAUUGCGAUGACGAAAAGGAACCUACUUAUUCCUGCAUUUUUAUGAAGCAAUUGGAGGUCACAGGUGUAAAAUUGGAAACAUACGCCUCAGAAACUGAUGCACUACAAAGCGUCGUUCAUGGAAGAGCAACAGGAUACUUGAUAGUACCAAACAAUUUUACGGAACACUUAAACAAUAGAUUUCUAUUGAAGCAAUACUCCGACAAUGAAACACUAAAUGGUUCAACGAUAGGGGUCCGACUUGACUUCUCCGAAUUUAUCCGACGAGUAUUUUUACUUCGGGCAUUAACUAACGGGCUGCAAACUUCCCUACAAAAAAUUGUACAAGGAUUCGGAGUGGAUCCACGAACUACCGAAUUACCAUUGAGGUUUAACGCAAUUUAUGGAAGCGUGGACUCAACUUGGCGUGACUAUUUUAUGCCAACUUAUAUCCUGUUUUCAAUCUUCAUCCUUCAAACCGUGGCUGGACUAUUUCACAUCCAGGACAAGAGGAACGGUACUUUGCAACGCACCUUAGUCACUGGAGUGACUUACACUGAAGUGCUGAUUUCCUAUAUCUUGAGUACGAUACCAAUCCUUGUAGUCCAAAUUAUGGCGAUGAUAGUGCUGAUGUCCUGGGAGGUGGAAAUUGCUGGGUCUUGGUGGCUAGUUUUUGUGCAAGUCUUUCUGACCGGAUUAAGCGGAGUGAUGAUAGGUUUGAUAUGUGCGAGCAUAUUUAAUCAUGAAAUGGAAGUCGUCGUGGCCGUGUUGUUCAUAUUUCUUACAUGCCAAAGUCUGAGUGGUAUUACAUGGCCGCUGGACAGCGUAGUUUUAGGGUUGCGAAUGUUCUGCUACGCUCUGCCCACCACGAUACCACUUACUGCGAUGCGUUCUAUAAUGAACAGAGGUUGGGAUAUCUCAAAUCCUCAAAUUCCCAUCGGACUCGCGAUAUCCUUCGCAUACACUUUUGGUUGUUUUCUUAUAAUUGUUCUCGUCAAAAAGUAUCAAAAGUAACAAUAUAAAAGCCGAAUUGCCAUAAAAUAAAUCAGAGAAGGACAUUGAGAGAGUAUGAAAUUA